GGAUGAGAUUUUCAAUUAUUUAAAACUUCUCACUAAUUUUCAUGAGAUUUUCAAUAAUUUAGAUACUAAAAAUAAAUUUUAAAAUAAUUUAUCUCAUACACAUAUAAAACAUGUUCUAAAACAAUUUAUUAUGGAUUUUGGACAUCAAUACAAAAUAAAAUUGUAAUCAAUGUAUAUAUGCCAAAAAUCUAAAAAUAGUUAAUUUUAAAACUUGUUUUAUACACAUAUAAAAUAAGUUGUUUUAAAGUAUAUUUUAUCAUAAUAAUAAAAUAAUUUAGUUAUAAUUUUUGACCCAAAAAAAUAUUCCCCUACCAAAUAAUUUUUAAAUAUGUAAUUUUUAUUAUAGCAACAAAAAAAAAUUAUCUGGUGCAUUGAUUCUUUUUCUCUAUUAUAUUGAUUCUACCCUUCUAGAACAUCCCCCACUACUUUUUCUAAUCCAACCCUUUUUUUUAUUUGUUUUUAAUAAUAACGCUUUUCCUUUUCAAGGUGUCAAAUCUAACGUCUCUUACUCUCUUACACUAUUUUUUUUUCAGAGAAAACUUGCGAGAUUUUUUUCUUCUUUCUUUUCCUUGUAACCAAUCAGCUACUGCAACUGCGUUCAUAUAUAUAUAAUUUUUUCUUGGAAAAAGCAUGGAAGUGAUGAAUAUUACUAAUAGAAAUGCUGUGGAUUUGUCUUCCUUCUUUCUAUUCGAAGUCACCGGCGAUUCCGAGUUUUGUUCUAAGUUCGAUUCUGAAGAUACCUCGGUUUCUCUCGAUGAAGACGAUGCUGAAUCGUGCAGUUGGGGUAUAUCAGCCGACGAUGAUCUAUUAUAUGCGUCAAUUGGUUAUGAACAUGAUUCAAUCGGCGAAGAAGAAUUUGUAAUUGAUUAUUUAGAAGAAGAUGAAGAUGAAACGACGUCGGAUCCAGCUUACCGAAAAUGGAGUAGUGGAGAAAUAAAUAAUAUUGUCAAUGUAGAUGCCAGUGUUUGUAAAGAAGAGGGUGGCUCCGGUUUGGGGUGUGUGGUUAGUGAUUGGGGGCCAGGUGAGAGUGGCCACUGCCACGUUAUUGCAGCAAGAUUAUUCUCCUUUAACUGUUGAACUGCUUGUCAUACAUGUUGGGUUACAAUUGAGAAUUCAGCAAAGGUUCGAGAAGUUUUGUAUAGAGUCUGACUGUCUUGAGGUCGUCCAAUUAAUCUAAAGAAAGGAGGAAGCUUGUAGAGAUGUUGACAGAGUUAUUUGUAAUAUACGAAACUUGAUGCUGCAUAAUUCUGUGGUUGGGAUCUCUUUUGUACACCGUGAAGCUAAUGGGAUCUCUUUUGGCCACUGCCACGUUAUUGCAGCAAGAUUAUUCUCCUUUAACUGUUGAACUGCUUGUCAUACAUGCUGGGUUACAAUUGGGAAUUCAGCAAAGGUUCGAGAAGUUUUGUAUAGAGUCUGACUGUCUUGAGGUCGUCCAAUUAAUCUAAAAAAAGGAGGAAGCUUGUAGAGAUGUUGACAGAGUUAUUUGUAAUAUACGAAACUUGAUGCUGCAUAAUUCUGUGGUUGGUAUCUCUUUUGUACACCGUGAAGCUAAUGGGGUAGCUCAUGUGUUAGCAAAUUAAGCUUUGUUAAACAAAGUGAAUGCUUUGUGGAUUGAGAUUAAUACCUCUUGUGUGAAUCUAGCUUUACAGCGGGAUUCGCUAAAUCCUUUGUAAUCCUUCUUGAAUUAAUGAAUUGUAUUUCAAAAAAAAAAAAAACUUAAUCUUUGUGAAGAAAUGUGUGAAACUAUUAGAUUAUGUUUAUGACAAUAGGUAGUUAUUUUUAAUAAUUACUAUUUAUAUAUAAAUAUUUUUUUUAAAAAGAAAUUAUUAAAUAAAUUGUAAUUUUAGUUUUUUAUUGGAUGGUGUAUAAUAUAGUUACAUGGAUUUUGACAAUUUUUUGUUUUUUUUUUUAAAAAAAAAAUAAAAUUGAUAAUUUAGGAGGCCUAAAUUAUAAUUUAAACAAUUAAUUUGGGCAUUUCAAUAUUUAUAUGGGCAUACAAUAAACUAUUUAAAUCAUGAUUCUGACAUUUUAAAUUAUUCUACUCUUAAAAAUUUGUCAAAACUCAUGUACAGUAGAAUCUCUAUUUAAGAAUACUCUAUUCAAGAAUAACUUCUAAUUUGUUAUAAAAAAAUCAAGUCCCAAUUUAGGCCAGUUAUAAAUAAGAAUAACCUCUAAAUUGUAAUUAGUUAUACAUUUUAUAAGUCCCGUAUUAAUAAAGUAUACCUCUAUAUAAGAAUAAUUACAUCUUAAUAAAAUAUAUACAUGUAUUUUGUAAAUUUAUUUAUGUAAAAUUAAUAAUUUUAUUUUAAAUUAUUAUACAUGUAUGAAAUUAUAUUUACUCUAAAAUAUUUCUAUUAUGAUAUAGUAUUAAUGAUUAUUUAUUGUUAUUAUUGUUACAUUGAUAUUUUUUUAGUUUUUUAAUUUUUUUUUCUAGUGUAACUCUAUUUAGUUAUAACCUCUCAAUUAGAAUAUAAUUUACUUGGUCCCAAGUGUAUUCUUGGAUAGAGGUUCUACUGUAUAUUAUAUUAUUUUAAAAAAUAGAAUUAA